GAUAAAAAAAACUGAGAUAUAACUUAAACUGCAUCCAUGAAAGCUAUUAUUUAUCAAUACGCGUAUGUUCUAGACGUAGAAAAAAACCAUAUCCGUCAUCGACUACCUAAACACUGAAAGUCACUUGAGCCUUGAAUGGAAUGAAUCGUCUUAUGAUAUUCUCAAUGCUCGUGCGGAUAGGCUCCUAUCUGAAAUGUUGAUAUCUCGAUACAAGACGAAGUAUAAGGAAUUAAAGAAGGCGCUCAAAGAGGCAAAGGAAGAGAACGUGGAUGGAAAAAUUGAAGAUGCCUCCGCAGCCGUGAAGAGAACGGAUUCGAAGAUCAAGAGUUUGAACUCCUCCAUUGAGAAAUACACCAGCAAGAGUAGGGGUUAUGAGAAGAAAUAUGAUGAGGAGUUCAACGGAGGAUGUAGAGCCAAUGAUAAGAAGAGCAAAGCAGUGGAUGAAUAGUAGCCAGUGGGAUAAAGAUGAGGGAGUAUGUCUAAAAUCGAGUGGAGAGUAGAUCACA